UUGAAGAGAAAUCACAAAUGGGAGAAGCACCUGCACAGAUCCCGACGAGUUUCGGUCACGAGCUCAGGGCUUGUCUUCGAUGUCGCCUCGUCAAGACCUACGAUCAGUUUAGGGAUUCUGGGUGCGAGAAUUGCCCUUUCUUCAAAAUGGAAGACGAUCAUGAACGUAUCGUCGAUGUUACCACCCCUAAUUUCAACGGUAUAAUCUCUAUGAUGGAUCCACGCAGAAGUUGGGCAGCAAGAUGGUUAAGAAUUGGGAAGUUUGCUCCUGGUUGCUACACUCUUGCUGUCUCAGAGGCACUCCCAGAGGAAAUGCAGUUCAUAUGCCAAGACCAGCGGGUUCAGUAUGUUCCGCCAAAACGCAUUUGAAUCCCGUUUGCAUCAAGAGCCUCCAUAUUGGCAUCUCUGCAGGUCGUCAGUUUCAAGAAGACCAAGUCCAUUUGAGGCUAUGAAUGGAAGUACUUUGAUUCUGAUUUCAUCAACUAAUAUAGUGAUUCGAUCCUCUUAUUAGUUAACAAAAACUUAUAUUGCCAAACUCAUUGUGUAGUUCACCUCCGGAAGACUAACUUAUAGAUUACAUAAAUUUUAAAUUUUUGGAA